CCAACGUGGAUGCGAGACAAUUGUCAGGCGCUGUCCGGCUUUAUGCUCAACCAAGUUAUGCUACCAGGAACGCACAAAUCUGGGAACUACGACACAUUCAAGCCAGAAAUCAUCGUACCUAUUGAGAACGUACUCGACUAUCAAGAAGAGGACAUUUUCAGCCAGCUCGUUUAUGGCAUAAGAUUCCUCGAUAUCAGAGUUAGAGCCUACAAUUCAGACUUCUGGGUUAACCGAGAAGACAUCAGAGGUCAAAUCACGGUUAAGGAGUUAUUGCGAACCGUGAAAUCGUUUGUACGAGCCACCGGUGAAAUUGUCGCCGUCGACUUCCACCGAUUUAUAAGGGGAUUCGAAUUCACGUGUCCAGAUCGUGAGCGCAACCACAAGGCUUUAGUAAAACUAAUAGUAGAAGAGCUCAAAGACGUGAUCGCUCACAAAGACGCCGCACACAAAACUCUUGGUGAGUUGAUGGGCAAUUGCAGCGAAGUGAAGGGAAAAGUUAUCGUUAGCUACAAGGAGAAGUCCGUUCAAGCCAACUCGCAGUAUUUCCUGCCGGCAUCACAUCGACUUUGGUCAGGAGCACGGAGUGUACAAAAACUCAAAAAAUACCUCGAGGACAGAGUAUGUUUGCAUCUUCCGGGGACACAGACGGUCUCUAUGGCGGAAAUGCACGCAUUGUUCCCCUUUUACACGGUCACCAAUCGGGAAUUUGCGCAGGAAGUCAACGGCGAGGUAACAAAAUGGUUCAGGGACGAGUGGUGGAAGUGCGCCAACGUGGUGGCCACUGAUUUUUUCCUCGGCAACGACAUUAUUAAUGUUGCCAUUAAAUCUAAUGUGAGACGCGUGGCAGAAAUGCGAAAUUCUGAUUGAACAGUUAGAAGGACAUGCUAUAUAAUUGUGUGUACCUCUCGCAGUUCCUUCCUAUUAAAAUCGGCUUCACCUUGAA